AUGCUUUACUUUUUUCCUUUCUUUUAUAUUUUUUUCAUUUUCUCGCAGAUUCCGUUUCUUUUUAUUCGCCCUAUUUAUAUUCAUUUUACCUUCCUUCUUUCUUUCUUUCUUUGCAUUUCGUAUAGAUUUUCAGAUUUCCUUUUCUUAUUUUCUUCCCUACAUUCAUUCUUUCUUUCUUUCAUUCUUUUUCUUUCUUUCUUUCUUUCUUUCUUUCUUCUAUUCUUUCUUUGCAUUUUCAUUCCUCCUCUUCUUAUUUUCAUUCUUUCUUUCCUUUCUUUUUUCUUUCUUUCCUUCUUUGAAUCACGUUUAGAUUUACAGCUUUCCUUCUCUUUUUAUUUAUACCUUCUUUCUUUCUUUAUUUCUUCUUCGAGUCGUUCCCUUUAUUUAUUAGUACCUUCUUUCUUUCUUUCUUUCUUUCUUUCUUUCUUUCUUUCUUCGAGUCGUUCCCUUUAUUUAUUAGUACCUUCUUUCUUUCUUUCUUUCUUUCUUUCUUUCUUCGAGUCGUUCCCUUUAUUUAUUAGUACCUUCUUUCUUUCUUUCUUUCUUUCUUUCUUUCUUUCUUUCUUUCUUUCUUCGAGUCGUUCCCUUUAUUUAUUAGUACCUUCUUUCUUUCUUUCUUUCUUUCUUUCUUCGAGUCGUUCCCUUUAUUUAUUAGUACCUUCUUUCUUUCUUUCUUUCUUUCUUUCUUUCUUUCUUUCUUUCUUCGAGUCGUUCCCUUUAUUUAUUAGUACCUUCUUUCUUUCUUUCUUUCUUUCUUUCUUUCUUUCUUCGAGUCGUUCCCUUUAUUUAUUAGUACCUUCUUUCUUUCUUUCUUUCUUCGAAUCGUUCCUUUAUUUAUUAGUACCUUCUUUCUUUCUUUCUUUCUUUCUUUCUUUCUUUCUUUUUCUUCGAGUCUCGUUCCUUUAUUUAUUAGUACCUUCUUUCUUUCUUUCUUUCUUUCUUUCUUCGAGUCGUUCCCUUUAUUUAUUAGUACCUUCUUUCUUUCUUUCUUUCUUUCUUUCUUUUUUCUUUCUUUCUUUCUUUUUUCUUUCUUUCUUUCUUUCUUUGAAAUCUUCUUUCUUUCUUCCUUUCUCAUUCCGUCUUUCCUUUCAUUUUUUCUUUGUUUCUUUCUUUGUUUCAUUCUUUCUUUUUCUUUCUUUCUUUCUUUCUUUCUUUCUUUCUUUCUUUGAGUCGUUACCUUUAUUUAUUAGUACCUUCUUUCUUUUUUCUUUCUUUCUUUCUUUCUUUCUUUCUUUCUUUCUUUCUUUCUUUCCCCCUUACUUUUUAGAAUCUUCUUUCUUUCUUCCUUUUUCAUUCUCAUCAUUUUUCUUUCUUUUUUCUUUCUUUCUUUCUUUCUUUCUUUCUUUCUUUCUUUCUUUCUUUCUUUCUUUCUUUGAGUCCUUCCCAUUAUCUAUUAGUAUCUUCUUUCUUUCAUUUUUUACUUACCUUCUUUCUUUCUUUCUUUCUUUCAUUUUCGUCUCCCUUCAGUCCAUUGUUUUCUUCUCUCUUUGUUUUCUAAUUCUACCAAUUUCUUUUCCUUUUCUUCAGCUUAUCCGUUCUUCCAGAUUUUUUUUUAAAUCUCACUCAUUCUCUUCUUCUAAUUUGUUCUAUUUUUAUUCAUUUUUCUCUCAUAGUUUUUCCUUCCUGAUCUUCACUUACACCUUUCUUCAUUUUCUUAUUUCGUUCGCUCAUAUUUAUUUCUUUUCCCUUUCUUUAUUGAUGUCAUCAUCUCUGGUACGUUAUCUGUUUCUCUUAUUUCUUCCUUCUCUUCUUUUUUUCUCUUUUUCUCAUUUUCUUUCUUUUCCUUCGUCUUAUUUAUCUCCUCUUUCUUUACUGAUGUUAUUGUUGUUUAUUUACGUCAUCUAUAUCUCCUCUUUUCUCAAUUCUCUAUAUUCCGUCUUUUUCUCUUUAUCUAUUUUUUUCCCCUUCAACUUCACUUCAUUCAAUUCGGAUUCAAUCCUUUGA